CGGCCGCUGCACAGUCGCACCAUCGACGUUCGCGAGUUGAUAACCAUUCGCCCGGACUCAACGGGAGACGCUGUGUCCUCCAGAUACUUCAUAUCCAUCCAGUCACUACGUAAAUCAUGUUUGCUCUGGCACUGACAGUGGCGGCCUUGGUUCUAACCGGCCAGCAGGAGGUUUGCCGUGCUCAGGUCUCUAUACACACGGAUGCCAAUACCAAUUCCUAUAGCCUGAAGACACCCGGACUGCAGCAGACCUUCACUAGAUAUUAUGGAGGAGCAGCCAAGACGGCGCAGCAGCCACAGAAUCAGCAGGUGGAGCAGCCACAGCAGCAGCAAGAGCAGCAGCAGCAGCAGCAGCAGCAGCAGUUCGAGCAGGAACAGUUGCAAAAUCCCGCCCAAUUUGGUGGCUUCUCGCAAUCAGGACAACAGUAUCCAGCCGUAUAUUCUCAGCCAGGACUCCGUGGCAGUGGCAAGCUAAAGGCCACGCCCAUUUCCCAGCUACAGCAGCAGCAACAGCAGUUAUUGUCCCAACAGCAGCAGCAAUUGCUGGCCGCCGCAUCGCCACAGGGAGCUGGCUUGGGUUCAGGGGUGGGGGCUUCCGGCGCUGGAGGAGCAUUGGGUGGCGGCGUCAAUAUGCCUACCUAUGCGGAUCAGAUGCAUGCAGCCUUUCUGGAUUAUCAGCGCCAGCGGGCGGAAUUUGAGCAGCAACAGCAGCAGCUGUUGCAGAAGCUCUAUCAUUACUAUCCUGAUGUAACCGGUGCGGUGGCAACGGCCCAAUCCCAAGCACCGCCCGCCGACGCUGCAGGACCAGUGAACGUGGCACCACAAACCUUGGCCGCUGGACGCUUCGCCUACCGACGACAACCACAGUUUGGCAGCAAUGGCCUCCAGCAGCCCGAACGUCUGGGAUCCGGAUCCGCUCUCCCCCUAGGUCCAGGUGUUUCGGCCGGAGUCCCGGGUGGAGCCGUUGGAUCUGGACCCCUGCGCACCGUGGGCAACGUUGGCGGAGCCGGAGACUUCUAUUCCACGCAACAGCACAUGGGUUUCUUGCAGCAGCAACAGCUGGACGUACUCCGUGACCAGCAGCAGUCGGUGGCCCAGCAAUUUGCCACUAGCCAAUUGGCUCCAACUACCCGUCAGAGCUAUGGCAUGGCUGUACCGAUGUCCUCCGUGUUGGGAUCACCACAGUAUCAGCAAUCGCCGGAUGUUUCCCAUGUGAGCUUCUCGAGUGGCAACUUGAACUACAGUUUCUAACGAUGAGGAGGCGGUGGAGGAGGAGGAGGAGGAGAAAGGACUUCUAGUGACUAGUAUUUGCAUUUUUUUUCUGGAGCAUCUAAGUUUUUUUUUUUCUCAUACAUAUUUUUUUUUGAGUAAAUUUUCGUGGUAUUUGAUAAGAAUUGUGUAGGGCAAAAAAGCGAAAUAAAAUUUGUGAGUGAUGAUAAAA